CAAGACUAUUUACGAUAAAUAAUAAAAUAUAUUAGAAAGGUAGGAGAAGAGGACGAACUUCACUCUAUGUGAUUGUGCGUGCAUAGAAAGCAAUGACGUUGCGUUGUCCUCGUAUAAUGGACGUGGUAUUUCUCGGAACAAACUGGAUUAAGUGCGAGAGAGAUAGUUAAUUCUAUCUCAAAGAAUCUUGGAGAUUCUUUGUUCUUGCAUUCGCUCAAAUGCAAAUAUAAAUACACGAUCGAUCGUUAAAUUCGAACUUAAAUUACACGUCGUACUGUUUGUGAUAUAUUUUGCUAUUAUUAUACCUAACCUAUUUAUUAUAAUACAUUUACGGACGUCUUCGGAGGAAGGAAGAAAUAGAGAUAACAUUGUUGUGUAUUACGUUAACUGGUUCAAAGUUCAACGUGCCGUACUUAUCUCACGAUGAUCCCAUUCAUUUUGGGGUCAUUUCCUUAUUCUUUCGUCAGUGAAAGCAUGAUACUCGAAUUAUAUGAUUGCAAUUUACAUCAUUUACUUUCGAUGAUACUGAUAUAAAGAUAUUAUCCGAUUGAUUUAAACGACUCGAUUAUUUCUUUUUAUCGAGUCACGAAGAUGUUCGAAUGGAAUCAUACUAGUUUCAUUAAAAUAUUGGUGACAAGAGAUAUUGCAGAAAAUGAAUUCUCUUCUAAAAUCCGUCAAAUCCCUCACAAACAAAAGAAAUAUAUUAGUGAGAGAAUCUCUACAAAAACAGUUAAAUACAAGUGUGAUGGAGAUGCAGAGCGCACCAGGUGUCGCAGAAGAAGAAGCAGUUGGAAAUUGUGAAGAAGCAAUGACAUUAUGCUCUGUACUGGAAGCUAUAUUUUUACAUGGACUAAAGGAUAGUCUUUUAAAUAGAGUGACAGAAGUUCUCAGCGGCCCUGAUUUUGAUGCUAUGCCUCAACCAAGUUUUUGGGGACCUUUACUAGUAUUCUCCCAUCGCCAAAUUAUUGAUCAAAUUCAAGCGUUAACACAAGUUACCACUGAAGUGGGUUACUGUAGAGCAUGGAUAAGACUAGCCUUAAACGAAGGUCUAUUAGCAAGUUAUUUGUGUUCUAUAAGAAGGGAUAAUUCUGCUCUGAAACCAUAUUAUGAUCGUUCUGCCUUCAUUAGAGAUGCCGAUUUAAUAGAAAUUGCUCAACGAUUAAUAGAAAGCUUGGAUUACAUAAGCUUUGAACUGGCUUGCAAUAGUAGUCUCUUAAAUUUUUGGUCAAGUACUCCUCUGCUUUUAGCUGGUAUAUGGUCACCUCCCAUGAAAUCUUGUCCUGUGUUUAGUGCGGUAGAUAUUGCAAAAACAAUAACUACAGAAUUAAGGGAUAAUGAUAAUCCUGAAGAAGUAGAAACUGCAAGUUCUAUAGGUAGUUUAGGUUCCUUUAAUUCUUCGCAAUCUGCUUUAAAUAAUAUAGCUUGUAUUACAGAAAAUGAAGCUCUAAAAAUUAUUUUAAAAGAUAAAAUUUCUAACAAUCAUCAUACUACACAGAAAAAUAAAAAUGGCAGUCCUGCACAUACAUCUAAACAAAAAAAUAUAGAGAAAGUAAAUACACAGAAAGUAGAAGAAACUAUAAAUGAAGUUAUGGAAAGUGUAUCAGCUAGUGGGACACCCACAAAGAAUAUAGAAACUAUGACAAUUGACAUUAAUACUACAAUCAUUCAAGAUGAUCAUCAAGAUAGUAGUUCUCAAGAAAAUAAUAUUGUUUGUACCGAUAAUAUAUCUACUACUGUAGGAAAUUCAUUAUUUGGAAGACUAGGAUGGUCAACUUCAUUUGAAGAUUGUGAAUCUUCUAUGACUUCAUCUGUGAUAUCUCAUGGUUCUGGAAUGGAUGCUCCUCGCACUCCAGGUGAUGGACCGACCUAUGAUGCUCUUAUUCAAAGCUAUCAUACUGCUGGCAAUAUGAUGGUACCAGAUCUACAAGAAUUUUUAAAAAAAUAUCCGAAGAAAAAAUCUGUUGAUGAAGAAAUCAAAUCUCCAACUGCUGCUAAGAUUGUCAUAAAUUUUGAUGAGCAACUAGGAAAGUUGCCAAGAGAAAAAGGCCUUGAUAUGCAAAAUUACAGCUGUUUCAAUUGUGGCCACGCUAUUGGUAUGACGUUUUCAAAGGCACAUGUUUGCUCCUUUUCUGCAAGUUAUUAUUGUGCAGAUUGUAUGGCACAAGGAGAAUAUAUAAUACCAUCACGUAUGAUUCAUAAUUGGGAUUUAAAACGUUAUAUGAUUUGUCAAAAAGCUGCAGAGUACCUGAAAGAUUGUUCUACUUUAUUAGAUUUAAAAAUUUUGAAUCCAAAAAUAUAUAUGGCAGUAGAUGUCAUGGCACAACUACAGUCUUUAAGAAUACAAUUGAAUUUAUUGAGAGCUUAUUUGUUUACUUGCCGAGAACCUGUUAUUGAAUCAUUGCAAAAAAAUGUUGCCCCCAGAGAUUAUUUAUAUGAACAUGUUCAUCAAUAUUCUGUUUCUGAUCUUCUUGAUAUACCUAAUGGUACUCUUGCUCAACAAUUACAAAGAGUAGUUGAGUUUGCACGAAAUCAUGUAAUAAAUUGUUGGCUUUGUAGUCAAAAAGGAUUUAUUUGUGAAGUAUGCAAUAAUCCUAAAGUCAUCUACCCUUUUGAUAUAGAUUCUACAUAUAGAUGCGGAUCAUGCAAUGCCGUAUUUCAUGCAGAUUGCUUAAAUGCAUAUAAACCAUGUCCGAAGUGUGAACGUCGGCGUAAACGAAUGGAUCUUCCUCUUUUAGACAUGGGAUGUACAGAAUUACCACCUGAAUCGACAUUAACAUCUGAAAAUAAUAUUGACUAAUAUUAUAUAACCUUGAUAAUGUGUUAAUAUUAUUUGAUUUUAUGAUUUGUAUAAAUUUUCUUUUUAAUUCUUACAGUAUUUUCUUAUUUAUAAAUUCUUAUUGUAGAUAGUCAUUUGUACAUUGGUAUAAUGUAAAAAAAUAUUAUGCAGCAAUUAAACAAUGUCUAUCUAGCAAAAUCCCAAGCUUAUUAAAUAAACAAUAUUAUAAAUAUUCACAAAGUUCGUAUAUAAAAAUUACAGCGAGUUUAUUAAUUUGGACUUUAUAUAUUUUUUGAUGGUUCUAAUGUGUAUAUUAAUGUUUAUGUAAAUAUUUAUUGAAUUAAAUGUAUAUUGUACAAUAAAACAAUUGCCUAUAAAAAGGCAUAGUUAUUGAUAGUCAUAAAAUCUACCAAAUACUUUUGACACAUUGAAGUAUGUUUAUUAUAUUUAAAAAUCUUCGCUUAAUAUAUAUUCUAGAAAAAUUCAUUAUUGAUAUAAAAGAGUAAUGUUUUUAUAAAAAAAGAUUAACAAUAAAAUUUAUAAUUGCAUUAUUAGCCAAAUAUUUCUACAACAUAAUUUUUAUUAGAAUUUUAUAUACAAAAAGUAUUAAAAUAUAUGAAAUUGACUGACUUAUCUAUUAUCUAUUACAUUUAAUACUGUUAGUAUGUAUGCAAUGUAGUUUAAUGAAUUGGCAUGUCUAAGUUGUUUUUAUUCACAUUUAUCAAAAUUCUAUUUUAAAAAGAUUAAUACAUGAAUUAUAUUAUCUAAAAUUUUUAUUUUUAUUUUGAUUUACUAAUAUGCAAAUAAUAAGUUAUCUUAAGUAAAAUAUCUGGUAGACUAGAAAUAAUCCAUUGCAUUACAUGUAAAAAUAUUCUUUUAGCUGAGAAUCAUGCAUGAUAUUUAAUGAAUUAUUACACUGACAUAUUAAAACAUUUUUUUAGAAGAAUCUUUUAUAAAAUUUGCAUGUAAUGAACUUUUCCAGCCUAUCUUAUAUAUAAGGCACAUUAAUUCUCAAUAUAUUGAUGUUUUACAAUGUGAUAUAUAUAAUCAUUUUACGUUAUCAUAGUUAUUUAAAUUUAUACAGUCUUAAUUGGAUUUAUGCAUUAUUAAAUUAUGCCUUUGUCAGAUAUCUAUUAAUACAUGAUCAUCAUCUUUUUAUAUAUAGGAAAAUGAUUAACGUGACGUACAUUGUAGGUUUUACUAAAACCCUUAUUUUCAGUUACUGCUUAAAAUUGAUACUUUAUGUCAUACUAAAUUGAUACUUUAUGUCAUACUAAAAAAAGAUGAAGAGAUUUUUUAAUUAAACACAUUGAAUUAAUAUUUAACAAUAUCAAAAUUGUAUUCAUGUUAAAAAAUUCUUUAAAAAAAUUAGCAAUAUUUAUUUUUGCCGAAUUAUGACUAUAAGAUUUUAUGUAAAAACCAUAUAUGCUUUUUAUAAAAUAAUAGAAACUUUAGAAAUUAUAGGAAGAAAUGAAUAAUUUUUUUCAAUGUACAUUACUAUUUUGUAUAUAAAAUCAUAUUUCAAUUAAUAUUGUAACUUUAUCUUAUUAUUUUAACGUGUUAUAAAUAUUUUUGUAAGACAUUAUCUAAAUUUAAAACGCGUCUAUGCACCAGAAGUGCCAAUUUUCAAUCCAUGCUUGGAUACAGGUACAAAUGACCUGCUAUCUCAGUAAAAACUGAGAAGCGAAAGGUACUAUUUUUAUUAACAGCACGCAAUCAAUAAGAUUUUUUUUCGGAAAUAUAUACGUGGUUGUAAAUAUGUCUAUAAUGUGAGAGAUCAAACAUUAUACUAUCUUAACUACAAAUAUAUGUAUAUAUAUGUAUA